AUGCUCGCCGCCGUCGGGCGCAUCCCCCGCUGAGCCCCGGGAGCGCCCCCAGAAGCCGCGCGGCAGCUCGUCACGUCUCUCCGGCCCCCCGGUCACCCCCAGUACUCCGGCGGCAGGGCCCCCGGCGGCUCGGAGCCCCCAGGUUCCUCAAGGAAGGCCCAUAGGGUGCCCGCCGAGCACAAGCCGUCGCAAUUCGACAGGAAAAUCCUGCUGUGGACCGGGCGUUUCACAACGAUGGAGGAGAUCCCGCCUCGGAUUCCGCCAGAAAUGAUAGAUGCUGCAAGAAACAAAGCGCGAGUGAAAGCUUGUUACAUAAUGAUUGGACUCACAAUCAUCACCUGCUUUGCAGUGAUAGCGUCAGCCAAAAGGGCUGCAGAACGACAUGAGUCUUUAACAAGUUGGAAGCUGGCAAAGAAGGCAAAGUGGCGUGAAGAAGCUGUGUUGGCUGCACAGGGCAAGGCUAAAUGA